AUCAAGCAAAAAAUAAAAAUAAAAGUUACUAAAAAUAUUUAUUAUUUUUUAUUUUUAAAAACAAAAAUAGUUAGCAAAUAUAUUUUUAUUUUUUAAAAAUAAAAAAAACAAAAAUAAAAAUAAUAAUUCUAUUUUUGUGAUUAAAAAAUUCAAAAUAAAAAUUUUUACCUAAUACAAACAAAAUGAAUUAUUAAACUAAUAAUUUAAAAGUCAACUUUAAUAAAAAAAAAUAGUACACAUAUGCAUUAUCUCUUAGCGUGAUGAAGACCGAGGAAUAAUUUCCAUGCAUAAAAUAUGAAAGAAGAUAAGCACGUUAGCCAAAUCAUCGUCAUGAUGAUAUCAUUUAUCAUCAGCCCCACAAAUACGGCCAAUUCAUUUCAUUUUAAUCGAAUCUAAGCACCCCAAGAUGGAAGAUCUGAAGCCGAGACCAGCCAGCUCCUCUCCACUCACCCCUCUGGGGUUUCUGGAAAGAGCCGCCACCGUUUAUGGCGACUGUACCUCCGUCGUUUACGACGCCGUUUCAUACACCUGGUCCCAGACUCACCGCCGCUGUCUCUGUCUUGCCUCCUCCAUCGCCUCACUCGGCAUCGAAAACGGCCAUGUCGUCUCCGUCCUCGCCCCAAACGUCCCCCAAAUGUACGAGCUUCACUUCGCCGUUCCCAUGGCCGGCGCCGUCCUCAACGCCGUCAACCUCCGUCUCGAUGCCCGCACCAUCUCCGUCCUCCUCCAUCACAGCGAAUCGAAACUCAUCUUCGUCGAUCAUCUCUCUCGUGAUCUCAUCCUCGAAGCCAUCGCUCUGUUCCCGAAACAAGCCCCUGUUCCUCGCCUCGUUUUUAUGGCGGACGAGUCUGAUUCGGGUAAUAGUUCAGAGUUGGGGAAAGAAUUCUUCUGCAGUUAUAAGGAUCUGAUCGAUAGAGGGGACCCGGAUUUCAAGUGGGUCAUGCCUAAAAGCGAGUGGGACCCGAUGAUUCUUAACUACACUUCUGGAACGACGUCAUCGCCGAAAGGGGUUGUCCAUUGUCACCGGGGAAUAUUUAUAAUGACAGUCGACUCUCUCAUCGAUUGGGGAGUUCCUAAACAGCCAGUUUAUCUAUGGACUCUGCCCAUGUUUCACGCCAAUGGGUGGAGCUAUCCUUGGGGUAUGGCGGCGGUCGGCGGGACCAAUAUCUGCCUGCGUAAAUUCGACUCUGAAAUAAUUUACGAUAUGAUAAGACGGCACGGCGUGACCCACAUGUGCGGAGCCCCCGUUGUACUCAACAUGCUCUCCAACGCGCCGGGAUCGGAACCGCUGAAAACAACGGUUCAGAUCAUGACUGCAGGAGCUCCGCCGCCCUCUGCGGUGCUUUUCCGGACCGAGUCGCUGGGCUUCGCGGUGAGCCACGGCUACGGGCUUACCGAAACGGCGGGGUUAGUGGUGUCGUGCGCGUGGAAGAAAGAGUGGAACCAUCUCCCGGCGACGGAGAGAGCGAGGCUCAAGUCGAGACAAGGGGUGGGGACGGUGAUGAUGACCAAAAUCGAUGUCGUCGACCCGGUGACCGGAGCCGCCGUGAAGCGAGACGGAUCAACGUUGGGGGAGGUUGUUCUGAGAGGCGGGUCGGUCAUGCUCGGGUACCUCAAAGACCCGGAAGGAACGGCCAAAUCCAUGACCGCAGACGGGUGGUUCUACACCGGGGACGUUGGAGUCAUGCACCCAGAUGGGUAUUUGGAGAUCAAAGACCGGUCCAAGGACGUCAUCAUCAGCGGCGGAGAGAAUUUGAGCAGCGUCGAGGUGGAGUCGGUUCUGUACAGUCACCCGGAUAUUUUGGAGGCGGCGGUUGUGGCCCGACCAGACGAGUUCUGGGGGGAGACGCCGUGUGCUUUCGUGAGCUUGAAGAAAGGUUUAACGAAGAAGCCGACGGAGAAGGAGAUCGUGGAGUUUUGUCGGAGUAAGUUGCCGCGUUACAUGGUACCCAAAACGGUGGUGUUUAAGGAGGAGCUUCCCAAGACAUCGACUGGGAAGGUUCAGAAAUUUAUACUGAGAGAUAUGGCCAGAGGUAUGGGCUCUGCAACUGCUGGAGCGAGCCGGAGCCGAAUGUGACGAGUGGAUUGCACGUGCCGCUGCUUGGUUGGUACCACUCUACUAGACUUAAAAUACCUCGAGUGUACAAAAUCUAGCUAAAAGACUUGAAAUUAUUGUCGUUGUUGUCAAGGUUUAGGUAUAAUAUCUUUUCACAAACACAACCUUUAUAAAGCUAAAGCUAGAUAUAGCUAAUCCUCUUCC